GUCACACAAUAAGUCACUUAAUCAAUCCAUCCCUCACUUUCUCCAUCACACUUUUGCAGUGCCGCGUCGAAACCAGCAUCAUGUCGAAAUCGGACGAGCACCGCCUGCGCGCCUUCAAAACCAUCUUGGAUGACAUCGGGGAAGACAAUGGCAGAUAUCGCAACAAGCCAGCCCAGCUGGCUAGAGUCGCUGAGCUCAUCGGCAGUCAAGACCUCAAGCUCCGGCCCAGGCGCGGCGAGGUGAAGACACCGACAGCUGAAGUCUUAAGAGAGGCCUUGUUGAGCUUCUCGAGAAAAGGCCGUGGCAAUGUCAGCGCCGAAAGCCUUUUCCAACGAGGGCCCCGUGCGCUUGAUCAGCAUCAGAAGAGGAAGUUGGGAUACCCGGAAGAAGCCCGCACGGAGGUCGCCUCGAGCAGAAGUCGCAAGACUGAACUUGAGCGAUUGAACCCCGAGUGGGCUCAGCCUGUGCAACUUGGAGGCGCCGAUAGCGCCCGCAGUCAAUCUUCUGCUAAUGGUGGAGAAGCAAUGAGCGCUUCUACCCGUCCGUCUGCUGCGCUGGCAGACGCAGAGGUCCUGCCACAUCUCCCUUCAACGACAUCGGGCACAACAUUCCCGCCAUUCCCGCCUGCUGUGCCGUCACUUCCAACGUACCGUUCAGCACUACCGCCACAUGCGCAGUUCGAAACAGUCACGACCAAUGAAGAUCAUGUGCAGCAAGCAAGAACAGAUGGUACGGACGUCCGAUCCACACAGUCUCAUCUCGAAAAGUGUGGCAGCAAACGCAAGCACGAAGCGGAGCCAGAAGACGGGCUCCCACGCAAGCGAAGUGCGCUCGGAGAUGAAGCGCAGCCUGUAUCGAGUAUGACAAGCCGCAAUGAGAACGAUGAAGCUAUGCCAGCAGUCCGCGGAACAAAACGCAAGCAUGAAGCAACUCCAGGAGAUGCUGGCCCACGCAAGCGAUUCGCGAAUGCACCCGGUGCCGAGUUUGCAACAGACGAAACGAGCGCAGGCCAAGGUGCUGAAGGAUUGCCGGUCUCCUCGAGCAGUGAAGGGCACGCAGCAGUGGCGACUUCAGCAAAUCUGAGUGGUACCUCGGCUGAGGCACCACAAGAUCCACAAGAUGUCCCAGCAGUGACACGAUCAGGCCCAAAUGAAUCAACAAGAGCUUCGAAUGCGGAUACGGAGCCACGGUCGAUUCAACAACCACAACUGCUCAAUGUUGGUCAGACCAUGACCUGGUAUGAGCAAGAGCCGACUGAGAAUGCUGAAAAUCGGCAUGGCACCAAAACUGGUCCAGCUCCCUACCCUGCUGGACUGAACAGAGUUGAGGGCAUAAGGGAAGAGAUUCAAAGCAUCGUGAUGUCGAUCGAGAGCGCGACCCAUUAUUUCCUGAAGACGUCGGGUAUGGGAGAUAUGAAUCCAUCAAUUCCGAUGAAUCCGUGCGAAGACUUGGCGAAGCUGUACAAGAGGAUCUUUUGCCAGCCUUCUGGAUCUUGGUGGAAGAUUGAGGCCGCCCGAGUUCUCAGCACUAAUAUCACAAUGGAUGAAUGGUUGAGUGCCUGCGUAGGCGCUAUGAUUCACGAGCAGGUGUUUCUUAAGCCGGUUCCUUGGCGGUCGCCAAAGCAGUUGCUCGACGACAUGAAGCAUGCCAGGCCGUACUUCGAGCGAUUGCUUCUGGACUCGUGUAACGAAGAUCGAUACCGAGAACUUGAUUUCUACGUGUACAAAUCCGGACAGGAGCAGAUUGAUGAAGGGACUGCAUUCGAAGAUGAACACGUCACGCCCGUCGCCACAGAACUUGCCAGCCAAUGCCUCAUGCUUGUAGUCCAGCAGAUGAGGCAAGCCAAGAUCGGUGUUGCGAUUUCUGACGAUGCGCUCACGAGAGCUAUGACCGAGUACACCACAGUUUUUAAGAGAGCCCUUUUCCUACGAGGCCGGUGUGAAGUCUCCCCAUUGGAUUUCGAGUUCGACUGGCCAAAGCCAAAGACACCUUUCGAUCGUGAAUGGAUGACAGAAAUCCGGCGCCAGGAUGACUACGCCAAGGAUGUGCAAAUAUGCGCAUUUCCGGCCUUUCGUGCGCGAGGGGUGAACCAAGGAGUCAUGGCAUACUUCUCAGAGGCGCGAGUUUACUGUUCAUUGAAGCCGCAGCUCUGACCACGCCAUGCCUUGCUUCGUCGGUAUGCAAUGAUGUCGGAUCACGAUGACUAAAGGCAGGAUACGAGGUGAUGGAGUGGUGGCGAUAUCCAUGGGAAACAGGUGACAUCUUGACUAAUCGAGGAUCUUCUCAGCUUUGACUCCCAGCCUCUCGAGGGUUGAUUGAGUUGGCUGAGUCGACUUCGUGGGCAUAUCAAUCCAGCCUGCUGCGUGUGCUCGGUUGUGCGACUUUGACUCCCGCCUCUGGUGGUUCGAGUUGGUUGCGUAAUCAGAACAUUGUCGAUUUGGGUUCGCGAUGCGAGACCGAUUUGAGAAACCUUUCUGGACCGACAUGGGUAUUACGAUUCUCUCCUUCCCGCGGAUCUGCGAGUCUUGUCUCAGACGUUAUGGUAGAGGAGGUAUGGGGAGACAAGCUGCAGUUUGGACGCA